GUCUAAUGCAAGUAAUACUUGAAUAUGUAUGCAAUAGGUAUUAAAACAAGCAGUUAUCAUUAAUAUAAGUACUUUACAUUAAGUAUUUAUGUAGUAAUCUUUAAGUGAAUACCUAUGUGAAGUUGAUAAUUAUAAUAAACAAGGUAAUAAUUGCAUAAGUGUGCCAGGGACUUAAAAAAUACGACAUAUGUAGUUAACAAAAUACACUAUGUGCUGCCGAUAUGCGGUUGUCGUAAUUUGCAGAAUGACGUCCGAUUAAAACUGUGCAAAAACAAAAACAGAAAAUACCAACUGAUCCUGUCUACCAAAACUAUGUGUCCAACAAUCCAAUUACACGAAUUAUCUCACAUAACCUAAUGACCUAAACACAUCAAAGAUUUGUAAGACAAAAAAAAAACAGAAGUGCGAGACCAAUCGGGCGGUGUGACAGGUAGAUACCUCCCACCAAUACUUGGACCGACCCCGCCUCGAUGGCUGGCCUGCGUCGCUCGCCAGACGUAUCUGAGUCGAAGCGCCGCGCUCACGCUCGCGGGGUCCGCCCAUUAUGAAGUGCCUGUGGUUAUUUGUGAUCGUUCUGUGUUUCACGUGCGAAGCCGCCAACAAGCCUCGGAGGGGACGCGGCAGCAUGUGGUGGGGUAUAGCCAAAGCCGGGGAACCAAAUAAUCUCUCACCGAUUUCACCUGCAGUCCUUUACAUGGACCCAGCUGUUCACGCCACACUCAGGCGGAAACAAAGAAGGCUAGCGAGAGAGAACCCUGGAGUGUUAUCAGCAGUUGCAAAGGGCGCCAGCAUGGCUGUCGCCGAGUGCCAGCACCAGUUCAAAUACAGAAGAUGGAACUGCUCAACAAGAAACUUCCUCAGAGGGAAAAACUUAUUUGGCAAAAUCGUGGACAGAGGUUGCCGUGAAACAGCGUUCAUCUACGCUAUAACAAGCGCGGGAGUGACGCACGCGGUAGCUCGCGCGUGCGCGGAGGGCGCCAUAGAAUCGUGCACGUGCGACUAUUCGCACAUCGACCGCGUGCCGCACCGCAGCCGCGCCGCCGCCGCCGCUAACGUCCGCGUCUGGAAGUGGGGCGGCUGCAGCGACAACAUCGGCUUCGGCUUCAGGUUCAGCCGCGAGUUCGUCGACACCGGGGAAAGAGGCAAAACUUUGAGAGAAAAAAUGAACCUUCAUAACAACGAGGCUGGCCGAGCGCAUGUGCAAACGGAGAUGCGGCAGGAAUGUAAGUGUCACGGCAUGUCGGGUUCGUGCACAGUCAAGACUUGCUGGAUGAGGCUGCCGAGCUUCCGCUCUGUGGGCGACGCGUUGAAGGAUCGCUUCGAUGGCGCGUCGCGGGUCAUGACGCCUAACACGGACCUGGAGGCGCCGGCGCAGCGAAACGAUGCGGCGCCACACAGGGUGCCACGAAGAGACCGAUACCGAUUUCAACUGCGCCCUCACAACCCAGAUCACAAAUCCCCGGGGGCGAAGGAUUUAGUGUACCUUGAGCCUUCACCGGGCUUCUGUGAAAAGAACCCCAGGUUGGGCAUUCCCGGUACACACGGGCGCGCCUGCAACGACACGAGCAUCGGUGUCGACGGCUGUGACCUCAUGUGUUGCGGCCGAGGGUACCGCACGGAGACCAUGUUCGUGGUGGAGAGAUGUAACUGCACCUUCCACUGGUGCUGCGAGGUCAAGUGCAAACUAUGUCGCACGGAAAAAGUGGUGCACACGUGUUUAUAGACAUUCGGACGCCGCUGUAGAAGUGAUCAAUGAGAGAAACUUUAGUGUCGGACAGGUGUGAUGUGACUCAGACUGGAGAGUGGACCUGUUUUUUAUUCGGAGGCAAAUAACGGACCUUGUAUAUAAUCACUUCACUAUUUCAUCUAUCCAUGUCGUCGAAAUCGUAUAUCAUGUUGACUUAUGUAAAUAGUUUCUCUAUCACUGUUUAUUUCUUCUUUUAUACAUGAUAAUUGAACCGGCGUAAAAUUAAAGUAAGCUACUCGUUCGGUUAAUUUAUUUGACUAUUAAGUGCGAACAUGUGAUCUAGUAACUUUAUUUUUCGACAUUGUCGUUAGGAAAUUAAUGAGACCAGUUGACAGACGAUUUAUUCCAUCAUCGGCUCAUUUUGAAUGAAUACUUAAUUGGACUUAUUGGUUUCCCUACGCGGUCAGCUGUGUAUUUUAUUUAUUCGUAGAUAACGUCCAUACUCAACUGCACAUUCCAAGAAGACACGUAAGCUUAAAUUAAAUGUACACUUUAAAUGAUAUUUCUUAAUAUCAUUCCAAAGUUAAUACUCAGGGUUUUCAAAGAAGUUAUUUGCAAUUAUUAUAACAGCGGUAAUAUUCAUUUGAGUUUUAUAAAUACUUUCUAUUUUAUGGACGUCCGCGUUGGGUGCAUGCUCGCAUAACUGUUUUGAGAUUCAACAGCGAAAUUAUCUUGUAAUUAUAAUUUCAUAUUAUAAUUAAAUCGGUUAAUGGAAUUUGUGGCUUAAUAGCAUUUGCAUAAAGUGUCUUCUUGGGUGUUCAGCGGCGGAGGUAGCGUAGAGCCUUAUCAGUCAGUAAGUAGCGCCAUCGUAAAAGUGUCCCACAUUACGAGAUAAACGCUCUGGAGAAUUUUAAUUAAAUAUUAAACGAAUUAAAUAAUCAGUAUUAUACGUAUAAUAUUGUAUGCGUGUUGCGUCCGAUAUAGGGAGAUAGUGUUGCACGCGAACCCGCCAGACAUUUCUUACAAAUUUUAUACAAGUUCUGCCUCGAACCGUUUUAGUGUAAUUAAAUGCAUGUGUUACUAAUGUAGUAACUUAUAUACAAUUCGUUAUGUAAUAAGACAAUCGUAAGCGCAGACUUUUCACUUGGCAAGCUUACAUUCAACCUUUGUGUUAACUCCGUUGUAUUUUUCAAUCAACAACUGACUCGGUUCGCUAAUUUGACAAAUUCAAUUGCUUUUCGGUAACGUUUCUUUGACACAUAGUUUGACAUUCCAAAUUCGACAGUUUGCCAGUAUAUGUGGAAGCUUUAUUGAUCAUGCAAGUAAUUAUAUCAACUUGAAUGAUAUUUCAUAUGUGAUAUAAAAUAGUUAUAGCAUGUAAGUGUGUAUAGGUAGUCUAAAUCUACUGAGCUUAAUUAUUGUGUAAAAUAAAUACACUAAGCAUACUAACUCGUCAUGUAUGUUUUAUAUGAAAAAAUAUUUAUUAAAACUUGUUUUAA